UAAAAAAUAGAGAAUAUUUCACCCAGAUUUUUUAAAAUUAUUCUGCGCAAAUUUUAUGUCAUUCAUCUUGGAACAGAGCUUGGUUUGGUCAUGUUGCCGACUGUGACGCAGGAGGCUUUGGCACCCCAUUUCUCUUUUCCUUCUUUAUAUUCCUUCACUUCUUCUUCUUCUUCUUCUUCUUCUUCUCCCUUUUCUCGCUUCAGAUCUGUCUCUUUCACUCCCAUGGCUUCCUCAUGUCGCUGCUCCCCUGUUCAAAGCUGCCAUUCCUCCGUCCCAUCUACUCAUCCACCCUCAUUGGUCGUCUUCUCCGGUGGAACAGCUUUUAAUUGUGUAGCUGAAGAGCUUAAGAACUUUACUACUCGUGUAGCUCAUGUUCUCCCAGUUUCUGAUGAUGGUGGAAGUACAUCUGAAAUUGUCCGAGUUCUUGGUGGUCCUGCAGUUGGGGACAUAAGGUCAAGAUGCUUGAGAUUGUCGGAUCAAAGCACCUCUGAGGCUCUUGCUGUCCGAACAUUGCUUGGCCAUCGACUACCUCUUGAUGCACAAAAAGCAAAGCUAGAGUGGUAUGAUAUUGUGGAAGGGAAUCAUGAACUUUGGAAAGGUGUCUCAAAACCUUACAGGGAGACUAUACGAGCUUUCUUGGUGUACUUCCAAAAUCAGAUUCUUAGACGCUCAGAAGACUCAUUCUGUUUUAGUAAUGGAAGGAUGGUACCAUUAUACGUGGACAGAAUGAAAUAUCUCAUCCAACAAAUGGAUGCAUGGAACCUAUAGCUAAGGGAGUCACUUCAUGUCCUGCUCUUCCUUCAAAAAUAAAGCGAGUUUUCUACAUGUCAAGUGAAGGCAGCAACUUAUUGCACGAGGUCUUCCCAGCUGUAAAUCCAACAGUCUUGGAACAAUUGAAAAAUGCAGAUUGCAUCAUGUUUGCCAUGGGGUCACUCUUUACUUCUAUCUGCCCCUCUCUGGUUUUACACGGAGUUGGAGAAACAAUUUCUUCCCGGUCAUGCCCGAAGAUAUGUAUGUGUGAGAGAAUGUUUUCUUCUUCCAUGUGUAACAUCCUCCUUAGGUACUUAUGUUGAAUGGUACUCAUGACCGAGAAACUAGUGGCUUCACUGCCUCCUGCUUUGUGACAGCCAUCACCAAUGCCUUAAAUCGAAUUCACGCGGAUAAUCAUAAGUGCCUUAAAAAUCCUCCAAACAGAUAUAUCAAUACAAUUCUGAUGCCAAAAGAUGGCCAAGUUCCUGUCGACAUUGAUCAACUCUCUUCCCAAGGGAUUUAUAAUGUGGUCCCUGUAGAUUCAUUCCAUGAUCCAAAAGUGGGUACCAUUUUUGACCCAAAGUCUCUUAUCCUAGCACUUGGAAAUUUGUUAACACAACAAUGAGAACAACCAUCUUAAUAUGCUCAAGUCAAUUGUUUGAAUGAAAAAACAAGGCAUUAAUUGUCCUUUUUGAGCGAUCAAAAAAUGGAUUUCCAUCGUGGUUUUGUUUGCCUAAAAACAUGGGACCUAUGCUUUGUCGUUCAAUUGUAAUCAUGUUUAUACUUCAAUAUCUUAGGCCUUGUUUGAGAACAACAUUUUUAAUAAUAUAUUGAUACUGAUUUA